AUGGCAAGGGCAGCUAACUGGGAGGACUGUAGGACUGAAACUUGUAAGAACAAAGUCAAGUCUUUAAAUGACUUCAAAAAUUCAAUGCUAGAUUUCCCAUGUACAUUUAAUUUGGUGCUACCAAACUUAACACCGGACCUAACAGUAACUUCUAAAGCGAGCGGGCUGACCGAGCCGUAUCUGGCAAAACACAAUUGCCGUCGCCUGAAACAUGAACUUCGCGAUGAGAGCGAUGACGAGGACUUCGAAGAAGCUGUUUGGAAAAAAAACUUUCUGACGCGCAUUUUGUAUGAGCUGGAUGGUGACGUAAUGAAAGCCACGAAGCUGAACCAGAAGAUCAUGAGACUCGAGACGAACUCCAACAACCUCACGGCUUUGGCAAACUCAGCUUUUCUGCACUUCCAUAAUCAAGAGAUCAAGAAAGCGAUGGAGGUUUUGAAAAAAUUACGUGAACUGAAGCAAGCCGACGCCGCUGUGUUCAAGGGCUUGAAAGUCCAGGCACUGAUCGAGCAGGCGUAUGCAUUCCGCAAGCUCGGAGGCAGCAGCAACCUGCUCUGCGCGAUACAGCUUUUGACGACGGUGACAGAUUUCGUUCCCGAAGACGAAAAAGUGAAGUUCAUGCUGGCUUUGGUUUACCGACGGUGCACCAGCAUGAUGCUGUACACGGAGAACUCUGAGAGAAUCGACAGAAAGAAACACGCGCUAGAAGCAGCGAAUCGUUUGCACGAGCUGGGAACCACGGCCAAAGAUAAAUCAAUCAGAGCUGCAGCCAUCGCCGAGCUGGCUUUCCUCAGAAAGGGGGAU